UUGAUCCAUCGUCGUCCUCGCGCGACAUCGCAUCUCGCGCCAGCCGCGCCAGUGACUGGCCAGUUGCGGCGCAAGAUGAACGCAAUCCGAAUCGCACGUCACUUGCGGCCGCAUCGAACGCGCAGCAUGACGAAGGCGAAGAAAACCAAGCCCGCGCACAAGUCGAACAAGAAGAAGAAGGUCGCCCCCGCGAACCGCGCGACGACGCGCGCGGCGCUGCAGAAAACGCCGACGAGGGGAAAGACGGUGCCGGCGAAGUUGACGGAGAAAAAUAUGACGCCCAAGGCGCUGAGGACGCCAAAGACGCCGAAGAUGACGUCUGCGGGCGUGGCGAAGAAGCCUCGGUCGAGCACAAAGUCGGACGGGCGGCGAACGACGCCGAAGAAACCUAAAAAUACGACGUCGUAUAUCAUGAAUCAGCGCAAGUACGGUGCGCAACCGCCGACGCCAAGACCGUUGAGUGGGAUGAAGAGCCCGAGAUUGGAAACGCUGGCGACGGCAACGAUGAAACCGCCAGCAAGUGGAUUAGAUAUGUUCGGAAGCAUGCUCGGGGCGUUGUCGCCGGCGGCGUUAGAGAGGGUCGAGGUCGAAGGUGAGGAGUCGACGUCGGAAGUUAUCAAACUGUGUUCGAUUAUUACCGAGCAAGCGAAGACGAUUCAGCGAUUGGAGUCGGAGGUUAAUCACCUGCGGGCGCAGUUACAGGCUCGAGCGGUCGCGCCAGUCCCAACGUUGCGUCGUGUACCGUCAACGACAUCUGAGUUGGCGUCGCGCAUUGCCGGUUUGUUCAAGCGAUGA